CCGACCCUCAAUGACGCCGAAAUCGUUAAGCAAAUAAGUUGCCCAUAAAUCGUUAACCAAAAUUGGCUUUCCAUUCACGAUAACAAUGAAAAGAAGCGUCUUGCAAUAAUGAAAUCAAUUUAAAGCUUUGUUUAAUUGCACAAAAACGAAUUAAAGAUCAGCCGAUUCCAGAAUGCUUUCUCUGCAGAAUCAACGGCAACCGAAGACCACCCCACUGACGGACGACUACGUGACCUCGAACACGGUUCUGGGCUACGGGAUCAACGGGAAGGUGGUGCAGUGCACCCAUCGCCGCACCCAACAGAACUAUGCCCUCAAGGUGCUGUUGGACAGUGAAAGGGCGCGUCGCGAAGUGGACCUGCAUUGGCGGGUCAGCGGAUGCCGGUACAUUGUGAACAUCAUUGAUGUGUACGAGAACACGUUUAAGGACAGGAAGUGCCUCCUGGUGGUCAUGGAGUGCAUGGAGGGCGGCGAGCUCUUCCAGAGAAUUCAGGACAAGGCCGACGGUGCCUUUACGGAGCGGGAGGCGGCCCAGAUAAUGCACGAGAUCUGCGCGGCCGUAGACUAUCUGCACAGUCGCGACAUAGCGCAUCGCGAUCUCAAGCCGGAGAACUUGCUGUACACCACCACUCAGCCGAAUGCGACCCUUAAAUUGACGGACUUUGGCUUCGCCAAGGAGACAUUCACCAGUUACACGCUGCAGACGCCCUGCUACACUCCCUAUUACGUGGCUCCUGAGGUUCUGGGCCCGGAGAAGUACGACAAGAGCUGCGACAUCUGGUCGCUGGGCGUGGUGAUGUACAUCAUUAUGUGCGGAUUCCCGCCGUUCUACAGCAACCACGGCCUAGCCAUAUCGCCCGGCAUGAAAAAUCGCAUCCGCACCGGCCAGUAUGACUUUCCCGAUCCGGAGUGGACGAAUGUGAGCCAGGCGGCAAAGGAUCUGAUCAAGGGCAUGCUGAACGUGGACCCCAGCAAGCGUCUGCGCAUCCAGGACGUCAUUAGCAACAAGUGGAUUGCCCAGUACAAUGCUGUUCCACAGACACCGCUCUGCACGGGUCGCAUGCUAAAGGAGGCCGAGGAAACCUGGCCGGAAGUGCAGGAGGAGAUGACGCGCUCACUGGCCACCAUGCGCGUAGACUACGAUCAGAUGCAAAUCAAGGCGCUGGACAAGUCGAACAACCCGCUGCUGACGAAGCGCAGGAAAAAGAUCGAGGAGAUGGAGUUAUACAUGGCCAAUGCGACGCGCAACUAGACAACGAGGAAUCCAGAGCGACUAACACGGCCAACCCGGGAGUGAGAUGAGAUGAGAUGAGGAGAGAUGGGCGUAGGAUGUAGGAUGGGCGAACCAUCGGUUUAACACUUAAGCGGAUAACAAUGUUGUACAAUGCUUUACAAAAACGAUAAAUACUACUAUACUACGACGGCGGCAAGAUCUGCUAUUAACUAAUAUACUACGAUGACAGCAACCUUUGCAAAACAACUACUCCAUGUUAUUGUUACGUUACGUUUUCUUAUUCAUUUUGUCCCAUUAUCUAUCUAUCCAUUUCCAGUCAAGGGUUCUUAGGGUAUUUUGUAGUCUGAAAAGUGCUCUUUUGUAAAAGAAACUAUAAAGCGUAAUGCGCAAAUAACGAACUUAAGUAAAGCCAAGUGCAAGCCUAGCUAGCCAGCCAGCCCAGCCGAAUAUUCAAAAUGUCUCGGUAUCGCGUGAAAGUGUUUCGUUUUUCGAUUCCCUUUUUUUUUUUAAAUAUUAUUUUCCAAAAACGUGUCAUUUGUAACCGAACCGUUUUUUACGUGUACGUGACUUUGAUUAUAAUUAUAUAUAUAUAUGUAUAUGUAUAACCGUCUGUGUAUGUAUGGCAUAUGUGUGGAGAAACAAUUAUACAGCCAGUUCACGUUAGCAUUAAUCUGCGCAAGAUUCAGUGUUGUUUAUAACUUUUAUUUGCUGAUUCUGCAAGCGAUAUACCAUUUUACCGUAUAGCAUAUUUGUAGUCCAUAAACAACAAGAUCAUCCCCCAAAUUAAUAAAAACAAAUCAAGCUUAUUUUACUAUGAUUAAAACAU